UCCAGAAGCGAUGUGGAUAAGACAUCAUUUCUCCUCUGAGCUGUUAUCACAGCAUCUUCUGACUUAGCAACAGGCGCCAAACCUGUCUUGUUCAUUAGUGUUUCCACGGAGACUUGCAUAGUGCCUAGCUCAUAGUAGAUGUUGAAUAGAUGUUUAUUAACUCCCUUAAAAAAAAAUUCUUUAUUUCCUUGCCUCUGAACCCUGAAUUGCCUGUCAGACUAGGCCUAGCACACUGUGCCCAGCAAUUUGUCACUAAAUGUUUCAACACUGAAUGGAAUGAAAAUGGGAACUAUAAAAGCAGAGAGAAGGAUAAGAUGAACUCCACCCCUGUAGGCUAGGAGGAAGGGAACACACCAAAUAACUGAAAGAGGAGAAGAGGUGUGGCAUAUACCUCAGGGAAAGAGUACCUGCUUCCUCCCUUCUCCCAUCCUGUGUGCAGAAACUUGAGAAAGGGGUGAGUUGAGGUCAGUACUUAGCAGAGAGGAAGGAACUAGUCUUGACUGAAAGUUGUUGUUUUUUUUUAAUCAGAAUCGAUGCAGCAGGUGCUUGUAGAGUCGGAUGGUGAUGUUGACACUGCUCCCAUACUUCGAAGUCUGAGAUAAGCAGGGGUAGGGAAUUGUUCUCACUCUAGAAAAAAUGCUUAUCCCUUCCACAGAAUAUUUUGACUGUGAAGAAAGAGACUGGGAUGAAGUCUCAGGAAGAAGGGCAGGUCUGGAAAGGAUAGUCAGUUAGGGACAGUGAGAGGGAGAGUGAGCUUUUUGUGAGGACUGGGAAUAAGGAAGGAAAGUAGGGGAGAGGGGAAACUUCAAGGCGCUAGAGCAGAAUCCAGAAUGGAUGUCCUCUUUGUAGCCAUUCUUGCUGUGCCACUCAUCCUGGGACAAGAAUAUGAGGAUGGAGAAGAACUGGAAGAGGAUGAAUAUUAUCAGGUGAUCUAUUAUUACACAAUCACCCCCAGCUAUGAUGAGUUUGGUGUGAACUUCACUGUUGAUUACUCUAUGUUUGAGUCAGAGAACACAGUGAACAGGUUGGAUGAGAAGGUGGAAGCAUCAGAGACUACCAUUAGUUAUGAAACAGACCGCGCUGACCAUCAGAAGCCUGUAAUAGAGAAACCAGUGACAAUGGAACCACAGAGUCCAGAUUUGAAUGACGCUGUAUCCGGUCUGCAGAGUCCUGGUCCACUCCUUCUGUCCUGGGCCCUCAUUCAGGGGGUGAUGUAUUUCCUGUAAAAGGAGAAGGAAGACUCGUUGAUGGGGAUUUGGGAAGAGGAGAGUGGAAGAUUAAAUAAAUAAAUGAAGUAA